UAGGUAUAUAAAAUUGAAAUUUGAUCAAGUUAAUGAAUUUCUUUGGAAUUUAACAGAAGAAAAUAAAUGCCAAAUAAUAAUUUCGAACAAUCCUAUCUCACAUUCGCAUCAACGCAGAUUUUCAAAAGUUGUAAACAAUGAAUGGCUAACUUAUGUUUUAAUGUAAAAUAAUUAAUGUACAUUUUUAAAAUGACAGUAAAUUUAUAUAAUUUUUAUAAUCAAAUUAUAUAAUUAAUUAAAAAAUUUACAUUUUUUAUAUAGGCAUCUUCAUUUAGAAUUAUGUAAAAUAUCUCGAGAAAUGGACUUGAUAUUCGGAGUAGAAAUGACUAUGUCCAUAGGAUGUUAUUUCUGCUGGUUAGCACAAACCUUCUGCGAAAUACUCAACGUGAUACUUAUCAACGAUUAUGUGAAGAAUAGAAUAUUAUAUGCAAUUUUAGUUUCAACUUGGUGUCUCUACUAUAUCUUCAAACUCUUAUUCAUUAAUUAUGUAUGUGAGAAGAUCAGUGCUAAGGCAAAUGCGACAGGAGAUUUAAUAAAUAGAAUACCUUAUUGUAAUGUUAACCAUGAAAAUGUAAGUCAACCUUUUAAUCUUAAAUUGAGUAUGUUAAAUAUUGCUAAAAUAAAUACAUGGUUUUAACCUUCAAUACAUGCACUGGAUUAGCAUAACUCGGAUGAAUUUUCGAUGUUGUAGCACUUCAACCAAUCUACUUUUAAUUUGUGCAAAAUAUCUCUAAUACUAUUACGUUUAUUGGCUUUUUAAUCGGAAUAUUCUUUAUCUUCGAACUUCAAGCUAUAAAUUUAAAAAAAUGAUUUAAAAUUGGUACAUUUGAACCAGAGAUACAUGCAAAUAAAAACGCCGGGAAAAAUCCGAGUAUACGUAAAUCGAGAUUUUUAUGUAUGCGUAUUGAAGAUUUUAUGUUGAAUUAAAAAUAGGGAACUAAAAAUAUGUAUAUUAUGUAAAUAUAGAUUUCACAGUUUUUACUGCAAAUAGCUCAAGCACCUCUCAAAUUCUGCGGACUUGGACUUUUCCAAUUUGGUUAUAAAGUUUUUCAUGAGGUAUGUUGUACUCUGCCAUUUUUCUAUAACUAUAAAAGUGCUUAUAAUAAAUAUAUAAAAUAUAAUUUUUUUAGUUCUCCAAAUACACUGCAACCAUUUUAGUUAUAUUAGUGCAAAUGCAUAUAAAUAAGUAAGCAAACUCAACAAUCAUGAAUAAAAUAAUGUAUAAAUGAUUAACUUUAAAUUAUUUAAAUAUUAAUAAAUAAAAUAUUAAACGUUCAACAAAAUGUUUUCUAAAUAUAUAUUGAUUAUUUAUACGCUGCAAACUAAUUUUUCGUUCCUCGUAAAACUAAUAUUUUGUAUUUCAUAUGUAAAAAAACCUGUUCUUCCUACACUUAUUUUCUAUGUUUGUACAUUUUUUAAAAAUAUAUAUUUCUAUCAUUAUUUUAAAACGCAACAAUUGUAAAGAUUGUUUAACUCUUUAAAGCGUCAUAUACACGUACAUAAUACAUAUACAUAUAUGUAAUAUACGUAUACAUAUGUAAUAUAUCUUAUAAAAGUUAAAAGAUAUUAUUUUUUUAUUUACUCUAAUGUUUUUGAAUUUCGAAUUGCUAAAUCACAAUCUAAAUUAAGUCAAAAAUUCAAAAUUUACAACGGUUGAUUUAAUACGCGACUCAAAAUCUAACAAAUUUUGAUUUUAU